AUGUCCUCCUUUAAAAUCGUGUAUGAAGGUGGUCAAGAAAAGAGUGUUAAUGAAGACAGUUCUCAAGCUUUGAGUCAUAUAAUUGACGAGGAUUAUAAUGGUCUUGAGACAAUAGCAACUCAUUCCCAAUUCCUUGAAUCAAGAAAUGGAGAUAGGAUUUCAGAAGUCUCAGAGAGUGCCCAGACAGAGAACCAAGUGGGAAGUCCAAGCAUCCCCCCACCAAAAAGAAGCAAGACUACUCGUCAGUUUUUUAAGCUCAAGGAUGAGAAAUUGCUAAGUGCUAAGGCUGCAGCAAAGCAAUUGAACGUAAGUGCCAGAGUGACACAACAUUGGGUGAAGAAGUAUGAUGAAAACCCUGACAACUUGUUCAACCAUGGCAAGAAGGGCAGGAAAAAAGGACUGACUGACGAGCACAGGAAGUGCAUUAAAGAAUUCAUUACCGAAGAUACAUCUGUCUAUGUUAAAGACGUGAUGGACCAUCUCGUCCUGGUGUUUGGCAAGAUCAAUGUGUCAAAAGAGACUGUCAGAAGGUUUAUAGCCAACGAAUGCAACCUCACAUUCAAAAAGGUCUAUAAGCAGCCUGUAGCAAAGAACACAUUCUGUAAACCAGUUCGCAAAAUGUGA